AGUUUAAACACCACAAGAGAAUGAUUUUAAGGUCAAUGUUUCCACUAUUAUCAGCAUACCAUGUUAUAUAGAUGCAAGUAAUAAGUGUGCAUGAAUCUUGUUUAUCUUCUCGGCACAGCAGGUUUUAGCCUAGUGGUGAGAGGCGUUACAGUCUGAAUGUGAAUUCACAAGUGUUUGUGCUGUAUCAGCUUGCAAUUGUUCCCCCUAAAGCGGCAUUGUUUUAAAGUUGUUUUAGCUUAAUUUUAAAAAUUGCUGCCCGAGAGAUGGCAUCGGUAACGACGACGGAGCCGGGUUUUAAUCCUGGGACCUUGGGGUUAUCAGAGUCUGUAGUAGUCCCCGCUAGCAUGUUUGCUCCAGGCCGGGGAUGCGGCGAUGAUGACGGGACAGAGUGCUUCGAGGACGGGGAGAUGUUCAACGGCGAGACCCUGGAACACGGCAUAGACUUCUACAGCAAGUUAGCCUUGGUCAGUCCCAAUGGGGAACAGUAUGACUUGUUACUACGGCAGCUGCGUGAGAGGAUGGAUGAGGGCUGCGGGGAGACCAUCUAUGUUGUGGGAGUGGGUUCAGAUGGAGGAGACUAUGGUCUGAAUGAGAGUGACAUGCAGGCAUCUGUUGCCACAGUGAAGUCCAUGUGUGAGCAGAUAGAGGCAGACCUCAUCCUUUUGAGGGAGCGCACUGAGGCUGGUGGCCAGAUCAGAGAUUACCUUAUUCGCCGCAGAGUAGGAGAGGCCGACUUCCUGGAGGUUAGGGUGGCUGUAGUGGGGAAUGUUGAUGCAGGUAAGAGCACACUCCUGGGUGUGCUGACUCAUGGAGAGUUAGAUAAUGGCCGUGGCUUUGCACGACAGAAGCUCUUCAGGCACAAGCACGAAAUGGAGAGUGGCCGCACCAGCAGCGUGGGCAACGACAUCCUGGGAUUCGACCAGGAGGGCCAGGUAGUCAACAAACCUGACAGUCACGGGGGCAGUCUGGACUGGACCAAGAUCUGUGAGAAGUCUUCUAAAGUCAUCACCUUUAUUGACCUUGCUGGCCACGAGAAGUACCUGAAGACCACUGUGUUUGGAAUGACUGGUCAUCUGCCUGAUUUCUGUAUGCUGAUGAUUGGAAGUAAUGCAGGAAUUGUUGGCAUGACCAAAGAGCACCUCGGCUUGGCAUUAGCCCUCAAUGUUCCUGUCUUUGUGGUGGUCACUAAGAUUGACAUGUGUCCAGCUAAUAUUCUUCAAGAGACCUUGAAGCUCCUGCAGAAGAUCUUAAAGUCUCCAGGCUGCAGAAAGAUCCCUGUGCUGGUCCAGAACAAAGAUGAUGUCAUUGUCACAGCAUCCAACUUUAGUUCGGAGAGAAUAUGUCCCAUCUUCCAGAUCUCUAAUGUCACAGGAGAGAACAUGGAUCUACUCAAGAUGUUCCUGAACCUGCUCACCUCCAGAAGCUCAUUCAAAGACCAUGAGCCUGCAGAGUUCCAGAUAGAUGACACCUAUUCAGUACCAGGAGUGGGGACAGUAGUGUCAGGGACCACGUUACGUGGGCUGAUUCGGCUGAAUGACACUUUGCUUCUCGGACCAGACCCUUUGGGCGCUUUCCUCCUCAUCACUGUCAAGUCUAUUCACCGCAAGAGGAUGCCUGUGAAAGAGGUCCGUGGUGGCCAGACGGCCUCCUUUGCUCUGAAAAAGAUUAAACGCUCGUCAAUAAGGAAGGGCAUGGUCAUGGUGUCACCAAGAUUAAACCCACAGGCAUAUUGGGAGUUUGAGGCCGAGAUACUAGUUUUACAUCACCCGACGACCAUCUCCCCUAGAUAUCAAGCCAUGGUGCACUGCGGCAGCAUCAGGCAGACAGCCACUAUACUGUCUAUGACCAGAGACUGCUUACGCACAGGAGACAAAGCUACCGUACACUUCCGCUUCAUUAAAACUCCAGAGUACCUGCACAUAGACCAGAGGCUAGUCUUCAGAGAAGGGAGGACUAAGGCUGUGGGCACCAUCACAAAGUUGCUCCUAUCAACAAAUAAUCAACCGUCAAACUCCAAACCUCCACAAAUCAAGAUGCAGUCAACAAAGAAAGCUCCAGUUAGGAGAGAGGAUGGAGUGGCACCAUCCAGUGAGGAGACCACAACCACAGGAGUGCCAGCCACUCAGCACAAUGUACCACAACAGACAGAGGUGGAGGAAGACCCUCAAAAUAAUGUGGGCAACAAAGAGAACAAGCCAAAGUCUGGAGGCAGAAGACGAGGGGGUCAACGGCAUAAAAGCAAACCUCAAAGCAACAACACAGUAACCCUUGCUGGUGCGGUAGGGGGCUGCUAAACUCCCCCUCUAAGAGUUCAGUACAGAAGAAUCUGAACAGUCCAGUAUGCCCUCCAUGUUUUACUCUUGCAUUUUACCUGCCCAUAUGGACCAUCCCACCUCUAUUACAAGACUUAGGAGUUAACAGAGCCAACAUGCACAUUUUGUGAAUUUUAACUUAUUAUAAGAUGCGUGUGUUCUUAAACUGUAUAUAUGGUAGAUAUUGAGAAUAUAGGACAAACAUACUGCAUGGUGGUUCUUUUUUGGCUGUUAAUGUCACCUUAAAAAGGAUCAUCUUUAAGCACCAAUCUCUUUUCUUACUUGCUAAAUGGCUGUCAUUCUUAUCACAUUGUAAGAAAAUCCUUUUGGAAAUUGUUACGUAAAGCUUGGGCUGAACUCUUAUGUAGCUAACCGUUUUAAAGGGAGUAUUAACAAGCCUCAUCACACAAACAUGUUUCAUUCUAAUUAUCAUUACAGUGUGAAGUAGUGAAAAUUCCUGAUUUUCAGUAGACAUAAUGGCCUGGAUUCACUGGAGGCUUUAAGACACUGACUGCAGAGUUUGUUGGCAGCUAGAUUAUUGUGGUAUGCAAAUUGACAAUUGAAAAUACUUAAUCUUGAAGGAAUAUGUCACACUUAAUAUUGCUAACAUCAUAACAGUCUAUUUACAGUGCUCCAAAAUCCUGUCAAGUUGAGCAAACCCCCAGACAAGACUUUGCUCCAGUUCUGGGAACACAUUUAAAUUGUAAAAUAAGAAAUUACGUUAAUGAGUGCAAUUUGCCACAUCGAUACCCAGAAAAAUACACAAGCGUAAGGGAGGCAUUGUAGAUGUCAGAGAUUUAAAAAUGAAAAUUUCCUGUAAUGGUUUCUCUUAGGGAAUCUUUACAAAACAUAGUGCCAGUAGUUAGAUUUGUUCUUUAAUAUGGAAGUCAGUUUACAUGCAACAUUUUAUGAAUCAAGUUGUUAUUUUGGCAAUGACAGUCCUCCACAUCAUAAUAAACACUUGCUGUAAAUUGGUUAUCACUGGUUUUACUAUGAGCUUUAGUAAUAACACCCUUCCAGACCAAACUCUCUGUUUACAUGUUGUGAAACUCAUUUUCCAUUAAAUAAACUGAUGUUGACAAUUUCA